AUGGCACAGGGAAAGGUUUGCCUCGCCUACUCCGGCGGUCUCGAUACCAGUUGCAUCUUGAAGUACCUCAUCGAAGAGGGCUAUGAGGUCGUCUGUUUCAUGGCCGAUGUUGGUCAGGAAGAGGACUUCGAGGCUGCCCGCGAGAAGGCCUUGAAGAUUGGUGCUCUCAAGUGCGAGAUUGUUGACAUCCGCCGCGAGUUCAUCGAGGAGCUUUGCUUCCCCGCCAUUGCUUGCAACGCCGUCUACGAGAACGUCUACCUGCUCGGUACCUCCCUGGCUCGCCCCGUUAUCGCCCGUGCCCAGAUCGAUGUCGCCCAGCGCGAGGGCUGCUUCGCUGUCUCCCACGGCUGCACCGGUAAGGGUAACGACCAGGUCCGCUUCGAGCUUGCCUUCUACGCCCUCCAGCCUGACAUCAAGGUCCUUGCCCCGUGGCGCGACCCCGUCUUCUACGAGCGCUUCAAGGGCCGUCAGGACCUGCUCGACUACGCCGAGGAGAAGGAUAUCCCCGUCACCUCCACUAAGUCUAAGCCCUGGUCUAUGGACGAGAACCUUGCCCACUGCUCUUACGAGGCCGGCAUCCUGGAGGACCCCAAUACCACUCCUCCCACCGACAUGUGGAAGCUGACCCAGGACCCCCUGACCGCCCCCGAUCAGCCCGAGGACUUCACUCUUUACUUCGAGAAGGGUGUCCCCGUCAAGCUCGAGUACACCGAGGCUGGCAAGCAGAAGACUGUUACCGAUUCCGUCGAGCUCUUCCUCACCGCUAACGCCAUUGCCCGCCGUCACGGUGUUGGCCGUAUCGAUAUCGUUGAGAACCGUUUCAUCGGUAUCAAGUCUCGCGGCUGCUACGAGACCCCCGGUCUCACCUGCCUGCGCUCCGCGCACCUUGACCUUGAGGGUCUUGUCAUGGACCGUGAAGUCCGUGCCCUGCGCGAUUCUUUCGUCACCUACAACUACUCCAAGCUCCUGUACAACGGCAUGUACUUCUCCCCCCGAGCGCGAGUUCCUCGAGUCCUCCAUCACCGCUUCCCAGAAGUCCGUCAACGGCCAGGUCCGCUGCCGCGCCUACAAGGGCACCGUUUCCAUCCUCGGUCGCUCCUCCGAGACAGAGAAGCUCUACGACAUGAGCGAGUCCUCCAUGGAUGA